AUGGUGCACGACUGCAGCCCCAGUGCCUACAGAGUUGGUUUCUUGUGUGACGGCAAAGAGCUUAAGAAGCUCAAACCAUGUCGGUGCCCAAUAGUAAAAAAUGGAAAAUGUGAAGUUUGUCCUGAUGGACAUUACCAGCCAGAAGAAAAUGGAUCCCAAGCAUGCAAAACAUGUACAGUUUGUAACAUAGGUUCUGGCAGCGAAGUCAAAGAACCAUGCACUAAAACAACAGAUGCAAAAUGUCAAUGUCGUGGACAAUUUGUAAAACGGGAAGAUAACUUUGUAACCUGCCAAUGCAACCCUGGUUUUGGAUUGCAACCAGAAGGGUGCGUUCCAUGUGAACACGGAUAUUUUAGCCCAAAAAUUAACUCACACUGUUUAAAGUGGAAAAAUUGUAGCUCAGCAGGCGUGAAGGUCCCGGGCAGUUCAACCUCAAAUGUUGUCUGUAACAAGGAGGUGAAGAGAAACAUGCUUUUCAACCCAUCUACUACAUUAAGCACAACUUCCCACCCUCGAGAUGAGGGGGCCCAAACCCAGGAACACCUUCAGCGUGGUCCCACCACAGCUCGUGCAGCCACCGCAAAGAAUGAUGUGCAGCCUGCCACCCCAAACACUCACAGCAACUUUGGUGUGGUUCUGCUUAUCAUUGGAAUUGUUGGACUGCUCGCACUAACUGCUGUGACCUGCAAACACGCCAUCAUACCUUGCAUGCAGACCUACAGCAAACCAGCAGUGAAACCGGUGGAAAGGAAGCCUAUCGAAGAGAGCGGGGACAGCAACCGCUCCUCUCUCAUCAAACACAACCCGAUUGAUUUUGACGCGCUGACGUCAAUCAUCUGAUGCUGUGAGCUCUAAGAAAACAUUUUGCUGUGAAUCCUUUCAUACAUAUCAAUAAUGUAUUUUCAGUGUCUUUUUCUAAGGUGACGUGUCGUAAGAAUACUUUGCUGUUUCUGUAUUCAUGCAAAUUUAUUCAAAAUAUGUAGUACGGUCAAUAUUUGACUUCUGGUUUUGGGUAAAUUCUAUGAAAAAGUAGUGUGUGUCAUACUUCACCUUAGGCCUCGUCAUCAUUACUUGGUAUAAGGUAGUUUCGCUACUCUUAAACCUGAAAUGAUUGUUUUAAUGUGAUAUGGUUCCAUAGGGGCAAGCGACCUUCUGAGAAAUUUACAUGCACUAUAUUUAUGAGUACAAUAUAAUCCAUCUGAACUAAAGUAUUAUGAAAUGGAGAACCUCAGAAAACUUUUUUUUUUUUUAUCUUUAUGAUGUGCAGUUUUGUUCUACUUCUGUUUUAGUCUUGUUUGAUUCAUUCAGCUCUGUUCUGUUGAUGAAACUGAAAAAAGUUGUUUCAUUUGUUCAUGAUGCUGUUGUGGGAAUUCCCCUUGUGGACUCAAAUGUGCUUUUUUUCCGUAGCAAUGCACGUCUCCUCUCAUGUUUUAGUGUCAGCCGAUGGAAAGACUAUUUAGUCUUUCCAUCGGCUGACACAUGUAUGCAUGAUGACUUCUGUGUUCUUUAUGCC